GCACUCGCACUCGCACUCGCACCUGCACCUCGCACUAGCUAGUCUUGCCAAUUAAGCUAGGUAUAGACCAGCAUGGCUUCUGCUCUCAAGAUGACGGCCAUCUGCAUGCUGAUCCUGACCACGGGCCAGCUGAUGGCAACUGCCGGUGCAAAGGCGCCGCUGGUGCAGGCGGACGCCGCGCCUACGGCUCGCCGUCUGCUCUCGGCGGACCAUGAGCGCUCAGCCUCCGGGAGGACGAGCAACUGCCCCUGCACCGCCAUGACUCCGUGGUGUUGCUUCGGUUUGCAGAGGACGGCGACGGAGAACUGCCCCUGCACCGCCAGGACUCCGUGGUGUUGCUCCGGUUUGCAGAAGACGGCGCUAGAGGACUGCCCCUGCAGCCCAUUUACACCAUGGUGCUGCUCCGGUUUGCAGAAGACGGCGCUGGAGAACUGCCCCUGCACCCCCAUGACUCCAUUCUGUUGCUUUGGCGCCGGCAGUGCUGCCACAAACUGAAAUCUUCAUGAGAAGAACAUGCAUGCAGAUGGAUGUGGCCUCUAAAUGUGUGCGGUAUGGUGCUUGCGUAUCAUUCCUGCCGUGUGUCUUUGUUCUCCAACAAUAAGUACGUACGUGUAGAGGGGAUGCAUGCUGCUACACUACAUCUGCAUGCACCGUAGUACGUAGGCUUUGUUUGCUGCAGAUGCUCUGCAGGCUUACGACCCGAGUACGCGUAUAGCCGUAUAGGCGGUGUACGCCUGCUUUGUAAUGUACCAAGUAAUGCUGUUUUGCUUUCAAUAAAUAUAAGAGGCCGCGCAUGCAACAGUUAAA